UGACGCCAAAGCCGCGCUCCGCCUCCGGAGGAGGAAAGGCCGGACACGCCGCCGCCGCCGCCGCCGCCGCAGCAGCAGCCGGAGCCACGGCCGGGGAGCUGCGCAGCGGGCAGGACGAUCCGCGGGGCCCGGGCGGCUCCCAGGGCCGGCCAGCCAGCCAUGGCUUGGGGUUGCCGCGUCGCCCGACUGUGCGCGCUGCUGUCGCUGCUCUGGCUGGGGGUCCCGAACUGUGGAAAUGCCAAUUCGGUGACUCUUCCAGAGACGUUGCUGUUUGUUUCAACUUUAGAUGGGAACUUACAUGCUGUGAGCAAGAGGACAGGGUCAAUUAAGUGGACUUUAAAAGAAGAUCCUGUACUUCAGGUGCCAUUACAUGUAGAAGAACCGGCAUUUCUUCCUGAUCCUAAUGACGGCAGUCUGUACACUCUUGGUGGCAAGAAUAGUGAAGGCUUGACUAAACUGCCAUUCACCAUUCCGGAGCUGGUUCAAGCGUCCCCUUGCCGCAGUUCAGAUGGAAUUCUAUAUAUGGGAAAGAAGCAGGACAGCUGGUAUGUGAUAGACCUCAUGACAGGGGAGAAACAGCAAACUUUGACGUCUUCCUUUGCCGAAAGCCUUUGCCCUUCUACAUCUCUCCUGUAUCUUGGCCGAACAGAGUACACAAUAACGAUGUACGAUACCAAGAAUAAAGAGCUCCGAUGGAAUGCCACCUACUUCGAUUAUGCAACCAUGUUGCCCGAUGAAGAUAUGCAGUACAAAAUGUCUCAUUUUGCAUCUAAUGGAGAUGGACUGGUGGUCACUGUGGACAGUGAGUCUGGAGACAUCCUGUGGAUCCAGAAUUAUGGCUCUCCGGUUGUAGCUUUUUAUAUAUGGCAGCGGGAGGGUCUGUGGAAAGUAAUGCAUACCAACGUGGGGGUAGAAACACUGCGGUACCUGACGUUCAUGUCUGGUGAAGUUGGACGCAUCACAAAGUGGAAAUACCCCUUUCCUAAAGAAACGGAGGCCAAGAGCAAAUUGGUGCCAACACUCUAUGUAGGAAAAUAUUCCACCAGUUUGUAUGCAUCGCCAUCAAUGGUUCACGAAGGGGUGGCUAUUAUGCCCAGGGGAAGUGCAAUACCGUUGAUAGAGGGUCCAAAAACACGUGGGGUCACUUUUGAAGACAAUGGGGAAUGUGUUAUCACCCCCAGUACCGAUCUAAAGUUUACUUCUGGAUUUAAAUUCAAGAACAGACUCAACUAUUUGAGAAAUCACUGGCUUUUAAUAGGUCACCAUGAAACACCACUGUCAGCACCAACAAAGAUCCUGGAGAAAUUUCCAAGCAAUUUGCCAAAACGGCAAGAAAAUAUCAUCCCAGCGGAUUCGGACAAAGCAGCUUUUGAAGAGGCAAUUGAUAUUGCAGGGCAUUCCACAAGAGACGUGCCCCCUCCUGUCCCAGAAGUUGCUGAAGAGAUGCUCAGCCAACCUGUGCCCCGGCCGGAAGCUCCCGUGGAUUCUAUACUGAAGGACAUGGCCACUCUCAUCCUUAGCAUGUUCUUACUUGUUAGCUGGAUCGCCUUUAUCAUCACAUAUCCAAUGAGUGUGCACCAUCAGCAGCAGCGCCAACAUCAGCAAUUCCAGAAACAGCUGGAGGAGAAAAUCCAGUUGUUGCAGCAUCAGCCCUUCGGUCCUGCCAUUGAUUUGCCUCCAGAGGCAGACUUCUUGGACGGUUCCGUUGCAGUGGCAGAGAGCUCAGCCACCAGUACUCCAAACAUGUCCCCGAAGGCAUCAAAUCACUCUGCGUAUUCCAAUGUGUCUGCCUCUGAUGUCGGGAGCGGUCUGUCCACUGAGCAGGAAGACGAUGCAGACACAGGUGUCAUAACAGUUGGAAAGAUUUCAUUCCACCCAAGGGACAUGCUGGGACAUGGAGCCGAGGGAACGAUUGUUUAUAGGGGGACAUUUGAUAACCGAGCAGUAGCCGUGAAGAGAAUUCUGCCCGAAUGCUUCAGCUUUGCUGAUCGAGAGGUGCAGCUGUUGCGAGAAUCGGACGAACAUCCAAACGUGAUCCGCUAUUUCUGCACCGAGAGGGACCGCCAGUUCCAGUACAUAGCGCUUGAGCUCUGUGCUGCCACUUUACAAGAGUAUGUGGAACAGAAGGACUUCAGUCACCACGGUUUGCAGCCUAUCACUGUCCUGCAACAAACCAUGUCUGGCCUUGCUUAUCUCCACUCUCUCAAUAUUGUCCACAGAGAUCUGAAGCCCCACAAUAUCCUUAUUUCUAUGCCUAAUGCCCAUGGUAAGGUCAAAGCCAUGAUCUCGGACUUUGGCCUAUGCAAGAAGCUUGCGGUGGGCAGGCACAGUUUCAGCCGUCAAUCUGGAGUACCGGGCACUGAGGGCUGGAUAGCUCCAGAGAUACUGAGCGAGGACCGCAAAGAGAAUCCGACACAUACAGUAGAUAUUUUUUCUGCGGGGUGUGUGUUCUACUAUGUUGUAUCAGAAGGCAACCACCCAUUUGGCAAAUCCCUGCAGCGGCAAGCCAAUAUUUUGCUGAGCGCCUACAAUCUGGACUUCCUAAAUCCAGAGAAGCAUGAAGACAUAGUUGCUCGCGACUUAAUAGAGCAAAUGAUAAGUACAGUUCCUCAGAAGCGGCCUUCAGCUAACUGCGUGCUAAAGCAUCCAUUUUUCUGGGGUUUAGAAAAGCAGCUUCAGUUUUUCCAGGAUGUCAGCGACCGAAUAGAAAAAGAAUCCUCAGACGGCCCGAUAGUCAAGGAGUUGGAGAGGGGUGGGAGAGCAGUGGUGAAAAUGGACUGGAGGGAGCACAUCACUGUCCCUCUACAGACAGAUCUUCGAAAAUUCCGAUCCUACAAAGGGGGUUCAGUAAGAGAUCUCUUGCGGGCCAUGAGAAAUAAGAAGCACCAUUAUAGAGAACUUCCGCCGGAAGUGCAAGAGACUCUGGGUUCCGUCCCAGAUGACUUUGUGCACUACUUUACAUUGCGUUUCCCUCACCUUCUUCUGCACACCUACCAUGCUAUGCAAAUCUGCUCCCAGGAAAGACUCUUCCAGCCUUAUUAUAUGCAGGACCCUGGGGACGUCGUUUGACUCAUGGGGGCCGAUCGUUCUUUGCACACACAGGGAUGUGAAGCUGGUCUGUCCUCAGCAGGGUGACUUAGAGGGAUUGUCAGAGAGCAAAAAAAAUCCUCUUUGAGAAAUCCAGACUUUCUCCAAUGUGCCUUGUACACUGCCGCCUCAGAGUCAGGAAGAGAACCCCAACUUGGAAGCUUUUGGGGGAAGAUGGGGUGGUUUCCAGAAUGCUCUACACCACAGAAGAGCUGAGUGAUUGAAAAGCAGCUCCUGAGUAGCAAAAUAGAGUGUAAAAUUUGGCACAAGCAUGACUGUGAUCUUGGAAAUACUUAACACUGUACUCUCUUUUCAUACUGGUGUUCAGCCACCUUCACUGCACAGAGUUGUAAAAAGAAAGAGAACUGACUGGAACCCGUCUCUUUGCCAAGCAUUUCCUGGAUCUCAGGAAGGGGCCUUAUACUGUAGCACACUGUAGUUUCCAUCCAGUGGCAUACCAUUUCCACAAUCUGUACUUGAAACAAUGCUGACAUGAGGAAAUGAUUGCUUGUUAAAGGGAAUACCAUGGUUUAAAUACAGCGGAACCAGCAACACAAAUGCAAUGAUCAAGUGAAGAGCAUAGACUUCCAAAGACUAGUUUCCAAAUACUUUUGUAUACAUCUAAGGUUGGUUAUGAAAUCGCCAGCUCACAAAUGUCAAUCCAAUUGCGACUAAAAAGAUUUCAUACCACAAAGCUUUCAAAAAAAUAUUUCUGGAAUAAGGUUUGGCUUUUGUCAUAAUACUGGAAAUCCUUUGCAUGUUUGAAAGAAAUCUGUUCAGAUACCAGUUCUGGCGUCCUUACAAGACUAUUAAUACUUGGUGCGAUGGUUUACACGGAACAAGGGAUAAAAGGGGAGUGCUCCUCAAAUUUUGUUCAUGUGAUGAUUAACUUCAUUAGCCAGAGGCACCACGACUUGGUAGAUAGAAACUGAACUGGAUAUAAAUUGCUUUUUACAAAACCACCAAAAGGUUACUUUGGUAUUUUUAACUGGAGGAUUAAGAUUCUUUCUGUUAAACAGAAUCCAUUUCCCCAUCCACAAGGGAUUGCUUAGAAAGCUAAAUGAAGUAAUCGAGGCAUCUACUUCCCAUUUUGAAGGUCGCAGUUUUGCUUUUUGGUGUCCCUAAAACAGUGGUGCACAUUGAGUGUGCAGAAGAAGAAGAAGAGUUUGGAUUUAUACCUCGCCUUUCUCUCCUGUAAGGAGACUCCAGGUAGCUUACAAACUCCUUUCCCUUCCUCUCCCCACAGGCACCUUAUGAGGUAGGUG